CGUACGUCCCUUCUUAUUCGGCUUCAUCUCAACUUCUCCCUCGCACUCCAACACUAUCCUCUCCUCCAGCUAUCUUGCUAUCCACCUCCCAAAGCUAGCUCACAGCUCAGCCGCAAUGGCCACCGUGCUGAGCAGCCUCCGGGCGCCCUUCUCCCUCUGCCCCACCGCCCCCUCGGCGCCUGCCGCCACCCGCGUCGCGCUGCCGCUGUCGUCGACGGCUGCCAGGGGCAUGAGGCUCCGGGCGCAGGCCACGUACAAGGUGAAGCUUAUCACGCCGGAGGGGGAGGUCGACCUUGAGGUCCCCGACGACGUCUACAUCCUCGACCACGCCGAGGAGGAAGGCAUCGACCUGCCCUACUCCUGCCGCGCCGGCUCCUGCUCCUCCUGCGCCGGCAAGGUCGUCUCCGGCACGGUGGACCAGUCCGACCAGAGCUUCCUCGACGACGACCAGUUGGAGGAGGGGUGGGUGCUCACCUGUGCCGCGUACCCGCAGUCCGACCUCGUCAUCGAGACCCACAAGGAGGAGGAGCUCACCGCCUGAAUCAACUGGUUUAUCCAUUUCGAUCCAUUUCCGGCGCCUGCGCGUGCAUGCAUGAACUAGUAUGUGUCAGGAAUUCAGAGUGUUGAGGAGUAAUUAGUACGUAAUUGUUUUAGUGCUUGUUGUGGACUUGUGGUCGGUUUUGAUUGCAUAAUUUUGGGUAUUUGUUCGU